CACAUCCGCAUCGCAAAAUAGUCGUGCAUCACUCAUUGAACCCUACAAACCGUCUCAUCCUCCCCACAGACCAGCACCUCCACCUCCACGAAACUCACCAUGAACAACGACCCCAAACUCAACGACCUCCUCAAAUGGUCCAUCAACGCCAGCACCACCACCACCACCGGCGAUGACAGCACGCCCCAAAUUCAAGCCCCCAAUGCCGAAGCCCUCGCCGCCCUCUUCGGCAACCGCAAAUCCGACGCCCAACUGAUGCAAGAAGCCAUGCUUGUCAUCAACUCGCAAGACCCCGUCGUCACGCCCGACGACCGCCUCACCGCAUUCGACAACUUCGAGCAGCUAGUCGAAAACCUCGACAACGCAAACAACAUGGAGAAUCUCGCGCUUUGGCCGCCGCUGUUGCGGCUGCUGGGCCAUGCGGAGCCGGAUAUGCGCAUGUAUGCUGCGUGGUGCGUGGGCACGGCCGUGCAGAAUAAUGGGAAGACGCAGGAGGCGCUGAGGAACAAGGGCAGCGACGGGCUCCCCGCGUUGCUAAACAUGGCAGUCACCGACACGGACAAAUCCGUACGCAAGAAAGCCAUCGGUGCGAUAUCAUCCGCCACUCGAAACUACCAAGCCGGCCUCGACGCCGUGCAAGCAGCCCUGCCAAAAGAUCUUGCCAUUGAGCAGAAGCUGGAUGCUGCAGAUAUGGACUCGGUCGAUGUGUUGAUAAAUAAGCUGCGAGAGCACUCGGCACGACUGGAGUAAGAAUGAAGGAUGACCGGCAUUUCCGCGGCGUUUUGGCGUUUACUGUGUAGAGGAGAUACCGAAGGGGACCUGGCAUAUAUCAUCAUUGCAUAAACUAUCACCAUAGACCUAUCAACAAUCGACCUGAUCACUUAGAUCACGUCUAUAUACCCACUUAUUGCGAAUCACUGUGCUCUAGAAUGACUCAUAUUCGGCGAACAGCAAUCUUUCCACCCGAGGAAUGCGAUA